AUGUACUUGGAUCCGAAGGAUGGCAAGGAGCCCAUGUUUAAAGCUGCAGUUCGCCUUCUUCACAAUCAUGGAGAAUCCCUGGAUCCUUUGCAAGUUCUUGAGAGAUUGUCCCCAGAUAUGCCCCUCCAACUUGCUUCAGAUACAAUACUAAGGAUGUUGAGAGCUCGUCUCCAUCAUCAUCGUCAAGGACAAAUUGUGCAUAAUUUAUUUCGCGCUGUAGACAUUGAUUCAAGCUUGGCAAGAUUUGAGGAAAGGUCGCGGCAUGUGCAAAUCAAUGAAGAGAGCCUUUGUGAUUCCUGUCAUUCUCGGCUUGGAACAAAACUAUUUGCAAUGUACCCAGACGAUACCAUAGUUUGUUACAAGUGUUUCCGUCGUCAGGGUGAGUCGACUUCCGUCACUGGUCGUGACUUCAAGCAAGAUAUAAUGUUUAAGCCGGGUUGGUUGGUUACACGGUGA